CCGCGGAAGAAACAUAAUGAAAUACUACAAACCAGUUAAAUUCUUCUAUUGUUAGCGUCUGUCCCUUAUCGUUCGAAUCAUAAGCGGACAAUUGCGGUUUUAAAAAUUAAAUUUUCAUAAAUUUAUAUUGAAUUAUUUGUAUCUUUGCGUGUGUGAUUACGUGCAACAUGAAAGACAGUAGCAACAUUACACCUCUCGAUGAAGACUUUAAAAAUAAUUAUUUAUGGUCCCACGUAGGUACAGUCACGGACGUGUAUUUAAGGCCAUUAUCAGGCAAUAUAACAAAAGCAAACAAUUAUCUAUGUAACAGUACUGGUUUGACUGGUUGGUCUAAAGAGGACAAAACAGACAAUUUACGAAAAGAUACGAUCGUCAUAUAUGACCAGGAAAACAACAUCAUCCAAGAGAAUGAGCUAAAUUUCGAACUACAAGAUAUAAUAAUUAGAAGAUCUCAGAUUUUCAACCUACACUUCGCGGCACCAGAAUCGGACAACUUGAUGAUAAGUUGUCCACCGCCAGCAUGGAAAUUCAUAAGCUGCAAAAUGUCCUUCUGCAAAAAAUAUAUGGUUGAGGUAAUGUGCAUUGAUUGCGGCGAUGUGGCAGCCGAUUGGAUAUCUACAUACCUGAAUAAACCUACACUACGUUUAGCGUAUGCUUUAACUGAGUCCGAAACUGCAGGUUACUUCUGGCAUCAGUUGAAACAGACGUAUCGAUUAGAGCCAGAUGAGAGGAACAUUGUGAUACCUUUCAACACUAUACCACGUUACACGUUGUUGUCGCACCAAUCGUUAACAGAGUUAAAUAAAGUAUCGGCAUAUCAUAUUGAUCAAAACCAUUUUUCCUCCGAUAUCUAUUUUACGCCAUUGUCUACAAUUCCUUUUAUCGAGUUUGAGUGGGAAUGGAUCAUGGUCGGCGAGGCAAUCAUGAAGAAUGUCAAACCAUGGGACAGUUCGAUACUCGAUCCGCAGCAAAUGCCAGCGGAUAUGAAAAUGAAUUUGAUGUUAUUACAUUGCGAGCUAUAUCAAUCCGGAACCGUGCGAAUGGGCGAUUCAGUGUACAUUAGUCAAUCUCUCAUGAAAAAUACACACAAUACAAGAAAAAAAGUGGACCUGUGCAGCAUUCUUUAAAACAUUCAAUUACUACUGCGAUUGUAAAAUAAUGGGGUUUAAAUGUGCAAAAAUAUGUUGGACAUGCAGAAUGUC